AUGUCAAAUCUUGCAAAGAAGUUUUAUCCUGAAGAUUUUGUUGAUAGUGAAAUGUUUGCUCUAGAAUUAGAGUGUGCAUAUUAUGAGAAAGAUAUGCGUAGUGAUCCAAAGUUCCAGAAUUUGGAAUCCAUUUUUGAUUUGUGUAGAAUGUUGGUUCAAACAAGGAAAUCAGAAUUUUUCCCUAUGCUUUAUAGAUUGAUUUGUCUGGUUUUGACUAUUCCUGUUUCUACGGCGACCACUGAAAGAGCAUUUUCAGCUAUAAACAUCAUUAAGAAUAAACUUAGAAAUAAGAUGGAAGAUGAGUUUCUUGGUGAUUGUAUGGUCCUUCACAUUGAGAAGGAAUAUGCUGAAUCUAUUGACAAUGAAUCGGUGAUCAAAGACUUUGAAGCUUGUGGAACUCGUAGGGUUAGAUUUAGUUAG